UGUGUCCAUCUCUCUCUCUCUCUCUCACCCUCCCUCCCUCUCUCUCUCUCUCUCUCUCUCUCUCACACAUACACACACAGAUGAUGCUACACUCCCGGUGCACACGCCAUGCUCAGACCCCCGACAUGCGUGAGUUCCCAGUGAAGUGUGAGCUCCGUUUAUAUAUGUAUCUGUGUGUGUGUGUGUUUGACAUGAGGCUAUGAAUCAGAAGGGGUGUGUGUGUGUGUGUGAGAGAGAGAGAGAGAGAGAGAGAGAGAGGACAGAGAGCGGGAGAAUAUCACUCGUAACGGCAGUGUGUGACUGGAUUAUGUGGAGUAACAGCGUGAGCACCUGAUGAUCCUGAUGGAGACAUUUAACACCUGAAAGACGGAGGAACAAAAACAUAUGAGAGAGAGACAGAGAGAGAGAGAGAGAGAUGGAUUCCAACCUGUUUUAACCUCAUGGUCUCACAUUACCUGCACAUGACCUCAGGACCUGCACUCAGGAUUCAAAAUAACAGCCAGUCUCCCAGAGCUCAGGAGGAGACUCGGGAACAUCAGCUGUGAGAAAUGGAGCGAUACCUGACGGAAAGUUCCGAAGCUCCGCCCCUGAUUAACUACACCCAGUCCUCCAACUCAUCCGAUCAGGAAGCGGAGUUCAGCAUCGCCGUGGCGACAGAGCGGCUAGCAGUGGCAUCUCUAUUGGGUCUGCUGACCUUAUCGACAGCUGCGAUGAACGCUGCGGUCAUCAUCGCCAUCUUGACCACCAGGAAGCUCCGCCUCCCUGCCAACUACCUCAUUUGCUCGCUGGCUGUCACCGACUUCCUAGUUGCGGUACUGGUGAUGCCUCUGAGCAUCCUGUACAUCGCCACGACCACAUGGAACCUGGGUCGUGUGGUGUGUGAGGUGUGGCUGAGUGUGGACAUGACCUGCUGCACCUGUUCCAUCCUGCAUCUGUGUGUUAUUGCACUCGACCGCUACUGGGCCAUCACCAAGGCGGUGGAGUACACACGCAAAAGGACGCCACGUCGUGCUGUUACCAUGGUCACCACAGUCUGGGUGGCCUCAGUGUUUAUCUCAGCCCCGCCCCUUUUCUGGCGUCGACGGCAUGAUGAUGUACACGAGUGUGCUAUUGAGCACGACCAGCUGGGCUACAGCAUCUACUCCACCUUCGGAGCCUUCUACAUCCCCAUGACUCUGAUCCUCAUCCUAUAUUACCGCAUUUACAGUGCAGCCAAGUCUCUCUACCAGAAGCGUGGCUCCUCACGCCACCUCAGUGACUCCCUGAACCACUUCCGGGUUGACUUGUCUAACUCUGACCCCGGUGUGGAGCUGGAGAAACUGAACAGCCCUGAUGAGAGGAACCAGAUGUGCAACUCGCGUGAGAGGAAGGCAGCACGGAUCCUCGGCCUCAUCCUCGGUGCCUUCAUCUUCUGCUGGCUGCCGUUCUUCAUUAAAGAGCUCCUGAUGGCGCUGAAGGUCCUGCAGCCUUCUCAACAUGUGUCCGAUUUCCUCACAUGGCUCGGGUACAUGAACUCCCUGAUCAACCCACUGCUCUACACCAGCUUCAACGAGGACUUCAAACAGGCAUUUAAGAGGCUGCUGCAGCGCAGGGAGCAAACAUGAGCUGUGGAGACAUUGACGCUGUGUUCAAUCCUGCUUCUCAAGCACACUUCCCCUUGAUUAACGCACAUUGACCAUUUUAAGGGAAGAAGUGAAGUGCAUUAGAUGAGGAGUAAGUCAACUUGUGCACUUCCUGAGCACUACUGCGCUGUCUAAAUACAAUGUUUACACUACACACUGUAUAGUGCAACACCAUAUAAAUACUGUUUAGCAGGAUAGCUAGCUAAGCAUACAGCAUACACAAUGGAACCCCAGUCAUGGCCAUGUCCCAAACCAGCUGCUGUACACUAAUACAGUCACUACUAUCCUCUGUGGGCUACAGUAGGUAGCAGACCACCUCAUUACUGUGCAGUAGCUGGGAAGAGAAGAGUGUUGUUGUUGUUGUUUUUGUUGCUGUUUAUUGUUUAAUUCCUUUCUUUUUAUUUCUCUGAACUUCAAGAGAAUUUACCCAGAAUCCAUUGCUGUAGUCUGACAUAGUUUUCACAGUGGUGUAGAGGGGAGCAAUAAAGGGUUUUAAAAAUUGGUUUGUAUUUCUUUGAACAUCCAUGAUACUCAGCAAACUGGCUACUUAGCCCGCUAAACACCUAGCAACUCAGCAACUGAGCACGCUAAACACCUAGCAAAUCAGCUACUGAGCACGCUAAACACCUAGAAAAUCAGCUACUGAGCAUGCUGAUUUGCUAGGAAACUGGCUUAGCAAACCGGCUACUUAACAAACUAAACAAUUAGCAAACUGGCUACUGAGCACGUUAACACUUAGCAAACCACUACUUAACAAACUAAACACUUAGCAAACCGCUACUUAACGCACUAAACUCUUAGCAAUCCGCUACUUAACACUAACUCUAGCAAAAUUAGCUACUGAGCACGUUAACACUUAUCAAACUGGCUACUGAGCAAUUUGGCAAUUACUAAGCAUGCUAACUAGUUCUGGUAUGAUUGUACAGUGUUUAAAGGAGAAAACAGAGAGAUUUCAGCUACGAUUACUGUAGUGCACUGUGAACAUAGUGUGUGUGUGUGUGUGUGUGCUUUUAUAUCUGCUCCAAGGAAACAAGAGAAAGAACAUACAAAGAAGAUGUUGUUGCCAUGGCAGUGUGUGUGUGUGUGUGUGUGUGUGUGUGUGUGUGUGUUGACCCCCGUGGGCUGGAGGAUGAAGCCCACACACUCUACUAAACUCUGUUACUGUAUGAUGUGAGGCAAGCUUCAGUUUCGGAUCUGACCUGUGAACGCUAAUGUAAUUUAACCAGAGUGUAAAAUCAUCUACUGUGCUCAGAUCAGCACACACACACACACACACACACAUACACACACACAACUACAAUAGUAAUAUACAGUAUAUAUAAUCAUGCAUUGUUAAAUCCACACAUUUCACAAAUACAUCUGAGCUCCUUGUGACUCCUUGUGACCUCACACAGUGGUCAGUGCACUACACUGCAGGACAGGGGGCUCUUUUCGGGGUUUCGGACACAACCCUGACCUCAGAGCAGAUAUCCACAGCUUAUUUAGUAGAUAAGGGAUUAAAAUGCAGACAGGUGUGUUACUCUAGCACACACACCCCUAAAAUUUUGUACCCCCUGACUUCCUGUCUCUCUCUGAUUGGCUGAAUCACAGAGAACAGUGCUGACGGUCAACACCUCAGGCCAGUGACCACCAGUGGCUAAUAAUAUGCCUUAUUGUGAAGUACAGAAAGUACAUAAUAAAAUCAUAGACAUAUCGAUCCUAUAAAUGUAGCGGAAAAGGAUUCUAUAAUCUGUCAUCAGCGUAGAUUUAUAGUUCUUCAGUCCCCAGACAUACCGAUGUAGCCUUUAAUCUGACCAUGACUCCACCCACUCGUGAUUACAAAUGAACUACAGACUUCACUUCACUUUAGAUUCAGACAGAAAAAUCACCAAAAUAAUGAAGAUGUUGCUUUGUUUUGUUCUUUUUUGUGAAAUUCAAACCCAAAUUUCAAGCAGAAAAUCGUAACAAAAAAAGAUUCAGACUAAAAUGUUUUAGUUUGCGAUUCUUACACACUGAUAAUAAUGUAGGAAAGAUUAACACAGAAAUUAUUGUUUCAGCUAAAUCCCCCUCCCCCCGUAUUUUCCAGUAAAUUGCAUAAUUUGUUUUUUUUCUUUCUGCCACAGAUGUAUUAAUGUAUUAUGUUGUAUGGGUUUAUCGGUAGUGAAGUACCUCAAUUUUGAAACUUUAUUUAUUUAUCUAUCUAUCUAUCUAUCUAUCUAUCUAUCUAUCUAUCUAUCUAUCUAUCUAUCUAUCUAUCUAUCUAUCUAUCUAUCUAUCUAUCUAUUUCCUUCUUUGUCUUGAUUAAAGUUAACCUGCCCACGACGAUGCAUUUGUAUCUGUAACUUCUUCAAUAAAGCAUUUUUUAACUUGGGUUAAGCAAACCCUUGACUGUACCUCAAAAAGUAAAAUAAAUCAGCAUCGUUAAGGAAAACUAUAUCAAGCAUUGUCACUACUGCGAUCCGUACCGGACACACGAUUUGUCCUGCACAUGUGCGGGAAACGCGCCUGCUUUCUUGUCUGCAGUAUGACGAAACGAUUUACGGGCAGUUUCUGGGUUUAUAAGUGUUGUUGUUGUUGUUAUAAUAUUACUAAUAAGUCAGACAAAUUAAUGUAGGAAAGAUUAGGAAGUAGUUUUCCAGUUGGUCACUACAACAGUAAGAAAGUUAGAGCUCCAUGUCAACAGCUUACUGUGACCGUUCCUCAUCUUGAGCCUUACUGGGAUAUGGGAACAUUCAUAACUUCAGGAACCUCAGAAAAAAGCAUGAACUCUACCGUACAAAUACAUUUGAACUAAUAAAGUAAGAGAGAUCUCUUUUAAACUGCUUUAUAAAUAUAUAGAGAUCAUAUUUAUACUUAUUUAUAAUUCCUACUACACCUGUACAUAAGACAUCCAUUCUCCUGUUCAGAUCACUCCCAGAGCUGUAUACCUUUACUGUCAUUUAUUGUAAAUAUGCCACUUAUGCACUUCUGAUUGGAUUCUAAUUGCAUUACAUCGGCUCGGUACAUGUACUCUGUACAAUGACAAAGUUAAAUCUAAUCUAAUCAAACCUAAUCUAAUAUAACCUAAUUUAAUCUAACCUAACCUAAUCUAAUCUAA